UCGCCACCAAUGCAAUUUUGCGUAUUACUUUGCUCGCGCUCGUUCAGUGAAGAUCAAAGCAAAGCGGUGACUUGAGCGUUAGAUCAUGGCCAACGCAAUUAAAGAGCUAGAGACGCAGCUGGAAGCAUUUAUCGAAAAUGUUCGCCAAAUUCAGAUCAUGGUCAGCGAUUUCCAGCCGCACGGACAGAAUAAUUUGAACCAGAAAGUACAAGGUCUCGUGACCGGCUUGCAGGAAAUCGACAAACUCAAGAGUCAGGUCCAGGACGUGCACAUCCCCAUCGAAGUGUUCGACUACAUUGACCAGGACAAGAAUCCAAACUUGUACACAAAAGAUUGCAUCGAGAAAGCAUUGAUGAAGAACGAGGAGGUCAAAGGCAAGAUCGACGCCUAUCGCAAAUUCAAAGCGAAUAUGCUGGUCGAGCUGCAGAAGACUUUCCCGAACGAAUUGACAAUGUAUCGGGCAAUUAGGGAUUAAGUUUAGGUUUUAAUGUGAGAAGAGAUUUUUAUUAGUUUUAUGAAGACGUAAAUUGUACAGAAAAGUGGAAACAAUAAAGCUUAAAUUGUAUAGAUUCAA